AUGACCUUCAGUCGAAACGCACGCAUCGACCGCGGGGACCUCUUCGCCCCUAAGAGACGGGCCGGGCCUGUCGAUCCGGGGACACCCGGAGGAGAUUUGGAGUAUCCCGGAGGGGCCCCUCGGCAGUCCUGUCCGAGCCUGCCGAUUGCCUAUCUUUGUAGACUUAUUCCUCCUCUGAACCAGCUUGACCUCUUGCGGAAUCUGAAGAGCAAGUCUGGACUGUCGUUCAGGAAGGAUGCUCAGCCAGAACCCUCCCCCAGUCAGAAGGUGAGCCUGAAGGAGAGGGUGUUCUCCAGCCCCCGGAGCUCGGGGAACAAGGGGAAGGGCUCGCCGCAGGGUCAGGGCAUACGCAGGUCCCCCAGCGCGGACAACAGCAUUGAGGACAGCCCCAGCAAGGUGCCCAAGAGCUGGAGCUUCGGGGACCGCAGCCGGGCCCGGCAGGCCUUCCGCAUCAAGGGGGCCGCUUCCCGCCAAAACUCGGAAGAAGCCAGCCUGCCCGGGGAAGACAUUGUCGACGACAAUAAGAGCUGCCACUGUGAGUUUGUCCCGCAGGACUUAACCCCGGGACUAAAAGUUACAAUCAGGGCCGUGUGCAUCAUGAGGUUCAUGGUCUCAAAGAGAAAGUUCAAGGAGAGCCUGAGGCCGUACGAUGUGAUGGACGUCAUUGAGCAGUAUUCAGCGGGACACCUGGACAUGUUGGCGAGGAUUAAAAACCUGCAGUCCAGAGUUGACCAGAUUGUUGGUAGAGGCACUCCAAUGACAGAUAAGGACCGCCCCAAAAGCACCACAGAAGGAGAGCUACAGGAGGACCCCAGCAUGAUGGGACGUCUGGGGAAAGUGGAGAAACAGGUGAUGUCUAUGGAGAGGAAGCUCGACUUCCUGGUGAACAUCUACGUGCAGCGCAUGGGCAUCCCGCAGUCGGAGACCGACGCCUACUUCAGCUCCAAGGAGCCCGACCCGGCGCCCCCCUACCACAGCCCCGUGGACAGCCGGGAGCACAUGGAGAAGAGCGGCUCCAUCACCAAGAUCAUCCGCUCCAACAGCGCGGCCGGCCAGAAGAACUUCGACCCCCCGCCCGCGUCCUGCUCCGCCGCCGGCCCCCCGCAGGGCCAGUGCCCCCCCUCCACCUCCUGGCAGCAGCACUCGGUCGGCGAAUUCCACCAGCGCAGCCAGCGCACGUCGCCCGUGGGCGACCCCUCCCUGGUCCGCAUCCCGCCCCCGCCCGCCAACGACCGCUCCUCCAACGGGAGCGGGCGGGGCGGCGGUCACCACCACCCCCGCGGCGAGGACGGGAAGCAGCAGCAGCAGCAGCAGCAGCAGGAGGUGAGCGCGGUGGCAGGGUCAGGGGCGGGGGCGGGGGCAGGGUCAGGGGCGGGGGCAGGGGCCGGAGCAGACAGCGACACCUCCAUCUCCAUCCCCUCCGUGGACCACGAGGAGCUGGAGCGCUCCUUCAGCGGGUUCAGCAUCUCCCAGUCCAAGGAGAACCUGGACUUCCUCAACAACAGCUACUUCGGGGGCGUGGCCCGAUGCGCCAAGGUCCGGCCGUACAUCGCCGAGGGCGAGUCCGACACCGACUCGGACCUCUGCGCCCCCUCCCCCCACUCCGCCACCGGAGAGGGCGCCUACGGGGACCGCGGCUGGUCGGGCCCAAAGUAGGCGGGACACCAAACGGACCGCGCGGUCCAAAACGGGCCAAGGAAACCCUGCCAGGAAGUGGGAGGGUACCGAGCCUCAUGUGGCUUCCUUUGAGUGACACCUGUGGUGACGCCCCUCUUCUUCUUCUGAAAGUAAUAAAGGUCUGUCGUUUUUUUUUUUUUUGCUAUGGAGAAUGUUCAGGAUUGACUUGAGAGCGUGUAUGUUUUCCACUCACACGUACACACAUUCAUUUUCUUUUACCACUCAAGAAUUGUGCCGUCAUCACCAGGGACAUGUGAAUGUAAUUCUUGACAAUACUGUGCCGAUACAGGUCUCACAUUUUACACUGAAUACUGGGUGUAUGAAGUGGCAGUGAGCUCUGUCAGAGAUUGUGUCAUCACUGUUUAUUUGCUAUAUACUAUUCAACUGUGCAAUGUAACAAAUAUCGUAAAGACACAGAGUAAUACAUAUAGCAUCCACAAGUGCACACUUACUUGAUCAUGGUUCAUCAGUUGUACAUCACAACUGUUCUCUUGGUUUUCAGUCAGCAGUGUCACGCCAUUUUUUCUUGACAUGUCAAUGGUGACAUGACAUAACGAGUAAGCGUUUGGGUUGAAUUUAUUAUUUUUGGAGAGGUUUUUGGUUUUUUUUUUUUUGGUUUUUUUUGUUCUUCAAAAAAUAAUUUACAAUAAUAAGAUUGUAAAUUUGCUGUCCAGUCAAGAUACCUGACUUGCGUCAAGUGAAUCGCAUGGCUAGGAUGUCCUAGCUGUGCGAUGUGUGAACGUGGUGACAAAAAACUACUACAGCUGGGCAAAGAGGUGUCAAUAUGGGAUGACGAAAAACAUUUUAAGCAAUGCAGGGCCCUUUAAUGCCACUUUACAUACUGUAUAAUAGGUGUAAUCAAGUAUGGGAUGCUUUACUCUAUAUGAUCUAAGAAAAAUGGGUCACUCUUUACGGGCCUAUUUAUAUUGUUAGAAAACAUUUUGGGGACAUGAGUAGACUACUCUUUCUUUUCCUGUAAAUAUCAGUAUGUCAAAACUGAAAAUAUCAGUCAUUGAAAAUUUGAGCAUACUAUAAGUGCAUUUUUUUAUUUCAAAUGGUUAAAAUGUAGGUUUAUUACAUAUUUAUUAUAGUAUGUGCUCAUUAUCAGUUUUAACACUAUUAGACAAUACCCAUGUUAAAAGAAGAGGUAGUGAUGUAUUUAUUAGUGGUUUUUUCACAAUAUAUAGGCCCUUAAAAUAAGGACAAGAAAUGUAUAUAAAAUAUUACAUAUGAUUACAUAUGACUUUGAAUUCAAACAAUGUACAUUUUUCUGACUGAUGCACACAUGUUGAUUCAAAGGGUAAAGUGGAGUGGAAAUUAUUUAUUCAUUAAUUUAUUUAAUUUAUUUAUUGUUUAAUAUCCCUACUUGAUCAAAUUACUUUGCAUGACACAACAAGCCAUUUGUUUCAACGAAUAAAACAAGGGCAAUAGUUUAGUAAGAAAAACAACAAAAAAACGAAACAAAAACAAUCUAUUUUACCUCAAACUUUUUAUAGAUAGAAUAUAUUUAGAUAAGUGAUGGAGGUGUACUCCAGCUUUGUUUCAGCUCUGAAUAAAUUUGACAAAUUUAUUUUAUGCCCGUUCAUUUCAGUUGUAGUCCUCCAUAUGAGCUCUAUAACGUGAAAUAUUAUAUAUAAGGUUACCGUUUGUAUCCAUCUGCAGAACAAUAUAAAAGUAUGUGUACCGACAAAAUGUGUACACAAGAUUUGUUUAUAAACAUGUCCAUGGAUAUAAUUUUAUAUGAAAAUCCAGGACUCCACAAGGAGGUAACAACUUAAAUGCAAAAAAAUCACAUAUAUUAAAUAUUAGUAUAACAUCUUCCUGUACACAGUGUGCAUGCUUAACACAUUUAAAAUAUGUAUGUAUAUUUCCUCACUGAACUCUCAUCUGCAUUUACAAAGCAUUUCCUUUACACUCACACUUGUUAAGCUGUUAGUACUUUCCCAUACUGUAUCUGGCUGGGGGGGUUGAAAUCCAGUUGAGUUACAGUGUGGGAUUUAAAAAAAAUGUGAAUUCAGAAAAUAGGGGUAAAAAAACAAGGCAUUCAAUGGAGAGAAGGAAUGUCACAGCCCAAUGAUUUUUCAGAAAUGCACUGACCCCCCGAAUAUGCAUAUCAAGUGAUUUUUUCCUGCUUUCUCAUCUAAAAUGAAAAAGUUUGCACCUAAAAUUCAUGAAUCUACAAAGCCCUUAAUUACAGUAAUCUUUGGUUCAGUUGAAGAAGAAAAAAAAAUGCCUGCAAACCGUCUUGUCGUUGCAUUUAAUGUAUUUAUUUUAUUUUAUUUAUCGCAGUGCUUUUUCACUGGUUUUGUCACAGUGCUACAUAAAAUUCACCUGGUAAAAAGGCUGAAUCUAUAACUAUGGAAGUUUCACCAAUGUGGAUUUCCAAGCACAUCCAUCCGCAUGUUCUAUACCCAGCACAGUUCACCGAGACCCACACAAGUACACAUAACGUAGAUCAGAUGAUGUACACCGAGUCCUCACUGGAAGGCCUUACAUGGCACCUAAUUAAUGACAACACCAGAGAUUUUUUGUCUGUUUUCUAUGAAAUAAGUGCUAUAAAUUUGAGAACACACCAACGAAAUUCACAGGUAUUAUGGUGCACAUCUUUCAACCUCUAGCAUGUGACCACAAGUACUCGUUUGGCUCUCCACUGCCAUCACAAGGUAGUCUGUAAUCUGCUUCUUUGUUUGCUUCUGUUUUAAUGUGCUGUUACUCUCACUGUAAGCCCCUGUGAAUUUUCACUGUGUCCUCAAAAAUUCAGCCUGGCGUUAGCUAUAGUGAACUUUGUAAUGAUAAAACUGACAAUCUGACAGAUAAUAAUGCACAUUCCUCUGUGAAGUCAUCGUUUUGCUUAUUGUAGGUGCAACUUGCUUUAAAAAUGAACUCUAAUAAUAAGACGAGCUGUGAAAAAUGCUGAAAAUCCUGGACCUCUACUUACCUGUAAAGGGGGAAGUAUUUGUUUCAUUGUUUUUGUAUCACCACACUACUUUAAAAAAAAAAAAAAAAAUUUCUUCCACUCUUGGAAGUAAGGCAACUAUCAAUGUGUAUUAGCAGAAACCCCCCAAAAAUUCAAACAUUAACUUAGUUCAGAUAUUACUCAUUAAAAGCAGAUAUCAAUGACCUUUUUUUUCUUUUCUUUUUUCUUUUUCUUCACAGCUGCCUUGCUUGCAAAUUUCUUUGCUUUCAUGUAUUUUUUUCCAAAGAAAUAUAUCUUGCAGAUGCCUUGGAUAAAAGUCUUUUAAAAAGUAUUGUAUUUGUUUAUGUUGUACACAGCUGUCAUGCCAGACACAAACCAUGCUUGUGAAUGUAGAUCUCAAUGGCUUAUACCAUCGCACUUAAGCUACCAUGUUUCAAGAUGAGAAUGUUUCUCCUGUGACAGCUUGCUCUGCGCAAUGCCAGUUCAGCUCUUGGAUGUGGUGCAGCGUGUUUGAAUGACAGGGCGGGAGAGAUCAAAGAGUGGGGUGAAGCCAGGUGACGGGUCACCUAAGGUUCAGCAUGUCACCAUUCCUGCAAGCCUUACCUUUAUGACACACAGCGUGGCACUCAGUGUUGCACUUACAUUACACAAUGUAUUAUUUAUUUCACUUUUUAUGGUAGGCAAUAAAUAGGCAAUUUUUAAAAAAAAUAAUAAAAUGUAAUAAAAUAUUAUUUCACAUCAUGCCAGGUAAUGUACAAGAAGGCUUUCCCAAGCCCUAUCAAGUUGUUGUUCAAUGUUCGAAUUUGGUUACUGGUUACUUUUUUUAUUCUGAUCAUUAUUUUAAUAGAUACAUGUUCAUUUUAAAUAAAUGCUUGCCAGCAUGUUUUCAACCGCUGAAUGCCAUGAAUAUAGCUUUUAAUCAUUAUGUAGCAUCCCUGUGAAGUAGGACACUAAAAUCCAUGGACACAUGGGAAAUGUAUAAUAAACUUUGUACAUCGUA